AUGGGCCGGGUUCUCGGCCUCGCCGAGCGCCUCUGGGCCGGGUUCUCGUACUCGCGGAAGCAGUGCCUCGCGAACGAGUCCGCGCUGUUCGACCACCUCCUGAAGGACCGGGUGCGUUCGCUCGACCUGACCCCUCAUCAGACCGCGACACGAUGA